UGCAUGACAGUGCAACAGUAGUCUCCACUCCACAGCACUUCUACUGAGCUCCAGCACUGUCCAGAGAGAAAGAGAGACAGCAUCUGAGUAAGAGACAGUGAGGGAGUUAGCUCAACUGAUUGAGAAAGAGGGAGAAAGAAAGAAAGAAGGAGAUAUAAACAUCAAUAGACAUUUAGAUAGAAGAGACUGAUAGAGAGCUAUAGCAAGCCGCCUGUGGAGGAGCCAGGAGCCUGGGAAUGCAGAGGAAUUGCAGGAGGAGCUGCUGAGUGUAGCAGCAGUCCAGGCAGGCAGACAGACAACACACACACAUCCCAGGGAGGGACUGUUGGCUCUGCCUCUAGUGGAGGAUGAAGAAGCACUCGGCCAGAGUGGCUCCUCUCAGCUCCUACAGCUCCCAGGUCCUCACCUGCCCCAUCUCCGAAGGAGAGGAGGGUUCUGAGUCUCGUGCAGACACACCAGGCAGCGAGGCCAGUGGAGAGGGGACAUCGUACCAGACGUGUGCUAACACAGUGCUGAAGGUGCUGGGUGGCCUCCUAUUGGUCCUAUGUGUCUCCUCCUCCUGGGUGGGCACCACUCAGCUGGUCCAGCUCACCUUCAAGUCCUUCUCCUGCCCCUUCUUCAUCUCCUGGUUCAGCACCAACUGGAACAUCCUCCUCUUCCCUCUCUACUACGGAGGCCAUGUGGUCACCACCCGGGACAAGCAGACGCCUAUACAGAAAUUCAGAGAGUGCAGCAAGCUUUUCGGGGAAGAUGGGAUGACCCUCAAGCUGUUCCUGAAGAGGACAGCCCCCUUCUCCAUCCUGUGGACCCUGACUAACUACCUGUACCUGCUGGCCCUGAGGAAGCUGACCGCCACUGACGUCUCAGCCCUCUACUGCUGCCACAAGGCCUUCGUCUUCCUGCUGUCCUGGAUUGUCCUGAAGGACCGCUUCAUGGGUGUACGGAUUGUGGCAGCCAUAAUGGCCAUCACAGGCAUUGUCAUGAUGGCAUAUGCAGAUGGUUUCCAUGGGGACUCCAUCAUAGGUGUGGCCUUGGCUGUGGGCUCUGCCUCCACAUCGGCUCUCUACAAGGUGCUGUUUAAGAUGUUCCUGGGCAGUGCCAGCCUGGGUGAGGUGGCUCACUUCCUCUCCACCAUGGGUGUCUUCAAUCUCAUUUUCAUCUCCUUCAUCCCCCUCAUCCUCUACUUCACCAAAGUGGAGCACUGGGGCUCUCUGUCCUCGCUGCCCUGGGGAUACCUGUGUGGCCUGGCUGGGCUCUGGCUGGUGUUCAAUAUCCUGGUUAAUGUUGGUGUGGUGCUUACCUACCCCAUCCUCAUCUCUAUAGGAACACUGCUCAGUGUGCCCGGCAAUGCAGCGGUAGAUGUGUUGAAACAUGAGGUUAUCUUCAGUGUGGUACGUCUGGCUGCCACCUGCAUCAUCUGCCUGGGCUUCCUGCUGCUGCUGCUUCCUGAGGAGUGGGACUCCGUCACUCUGCGCUUCCUCGCCGCCUUUGCAGACAAGAAGUCUGAGGAGCAUGGCGAGGAGCUGACCGAGUCCAGCAUCCACACGCGCAGCCGCAGCCGAGCCAAUGGCACCGUCUCAAUCCCUAUGGCAUGAUCCCAUGAUCCUCCACUGCCCCGUCCCAUCACCAACCCCCAUUCUCGCACGUUUCUACAUGUCCCAUCUGGGAAGCGUGGCGAGAUGACUCUGGUGCUGACUUACAGACCAGGAAGUCCAAAAUCAGGAGAACAGGAAGUGUAACUAGGACUGGGAGAAACUAUCACAGUUCUGUCACUUUCCCCAGGAACUACUGGGGAGUGAAAAUAGAACAUUUACUGCUGAGUUUGGUGAGCAGAAAGUUGGAAAGUGUUAUUUACUUUCUUGAACUCCUUGCCACGCCCAGUCUUGCCCGUCACAUGCCCCUAGAACAGUGUUUCUCAACUUCGGUCCUCCAAUACCCCCACAGUACAUAUUUUUGUUGUGGCCCCGGACAAGUACAUCUAAUCAUCUAGCACAUGCCAAAUUGAAUCAGUUGUUUUUGUCCGAGUCUACAACAAAAAUGUGUGCUGUUGGGGGCACUGAAGGACCGGAGUUGGGAAACACUAGCCUAGACCACGUAAGCUCAACCUUGAACCUGCUACACGGCCUGUAUUCUGUGAAUAUAAAUAUUGAAUGGGCCAGUUUGGCUCAAUCUUAUAUGUAUUUAUUGAAUUUACUCAGUGGUGUAUCAGUAUAGUAUUUACAUUUGACUUCUUAUAUAGUAUUAUGUACAGGAAUGGGUUGGGAAAUACAGUUCCUUUAGAAAGUUUUUUUUCUUCACAUUUUGUGUUACACCCUGAACAUUUAGAUUUUCUAUCACUAGCCUACACACAA